CCUCCCGCCGUCAAGCUGGCCCAACAAGUCCACCUCUGUCCCUGCGACGGCUUCGACGAGCAGAGCAGGAACAACGCCCGCCGUGUCUACAAGCACUUCUGGAAAAGCGUCAUGGUCACCCGGAAGCCCGCCGCACAAGCCCUCUCCAUAAAGACGUCGUCGACCGCCUCGAGCUCCCCCGCCCGCUCUCCCGUCGACUUUGACGGCCACCACUCCAACAUGGCCAUGGCCGAUUACCACCAUGCGCAGCCCGCGCCCUUGACCGUCUCCAUACCCAAGAACAUUCCCAGCCCACAAUGCCGCAAACCAAACCUCGCAGAGAUACUCAACAAUACCGCCCCUCCUCCAUACACCCUCACUUCCUUCAUGGCCUUUCUCUCGCAAAACCACUGCCUCGAGAACCUCGAAUUCACAAUGGACGCCUCCCGCUAUCGCAAGCACUACUCCAAGAUGGUCAGCCGCCAUCCUGGCAGCCCAAUCUCACCGCUGUCGGACGAGUGCGCCUACGUCCUCAUGCUCUGGCGUCGCUUGAUCGAUGCCUACAUUCGCGAGUCAGGCCCGCGCGAAGUCAAUCUUCCAGCCGAAGUCCGCGAUAACCUGCUCAGCCUCUCCGACUCCUACGUCCCUCCCCACCCAUCGUCAUUGGACAGUGCUGUGGCCAAGAUCAACGAGCUCAUGGAAGAGAGUGUAUUAGUCUCGUUCCUGAACUCGGUCAGCCCACAGAGUGCACAUCCCACCAUCGGCCACGACAGCUAUGCCGGAAGUAACAUUUCGCGCUCGUCGACCCGCAGCUAUGAGGAACGAAGCAUGCUCUCUCGUGCUUCACACCCGCCAGUCCCUGCCCACCAACGCGCAUCUGCGCCUUCUUCGCUCACUUCUGGCUUCAUGCAAUCCCGCCCAUUCUCUCACGCCCGUUUCCACUCUCAGCCAACGUCGUCCGGCCCGCCACCGGCAACCCGCGUCACCUCGGGCUACACAAGCGGCAGUGAUGCAUUGACCGAUGACUCGGGCAGUGCAAGCAGCCCAUCUGGCAUGAGCGAUCCCCUCACCCCACCCGGUACUCCGCCUGUGAGCGAAUACCCCAUGACUGACUUCCACCAUGCCUACUAUGACAACGCUCCGGGCAGCGGCACCCCCAGCCCCCGCAACAGCCGCGGAGAGCACAAUGGGCUCGCUAGCGCUACUAGAGAUAGUUGGAAGCGAGUCAGUAGCAAGCUAUGGCCCCGCAAGAAGAGCGGUAGCCAGCUCCGCGACGACGAGCCAGGCGUCAUUGAGGGAGGCCUCUUCUGA